AUGUAUUCCAGCGACAAAUUUUUAAUCUUUUCUUAUAAGCUCCUUUAUAAACAAUUCAUUAUAAUCCAUUACCAAUUCCAAAUCUACCAUACAGGUCAAAAGAUCUUCCAAUCUUAAUAGAUCCUAAUAAUUCAUCAUAUUCUUAUUUUUCACAAUAAGAUCCUUCAUCUCUUUGUUAAAGAAAUAUAUAAAUUAUCUUUACAUCUAUUUAAAUUUCUCUGUUAAUCAAAUAAUAAUAAUAAAAAUAAAAAAAAUAAACAAUUAAAAUCAUGUGUUAAUAAAUAUGAAGACAAUAUCUUAGCAGGUAUAGAAUAAUGUGAUGAAGGAAAUCAGACUGAUAAAGAUGAGUGCAAUUCUAAAUGUGAAAUUGAAAAGGAUAUCAUUUGUAUAGAUGGUGUUUGUAUUUUGCCACCUAAAAAAUAAGUUACUUUUACAUAUUUUAAUUCAACUACUGCUAAUGGGUUUGAUUUGAAUUUUGAGGAUAUAAAGAUAGAAUGUCUUUGUGUUAAAUUAUAAAUUUGGAUAGAAUAAUUCUAAUCAUAUGAAUUCUAAUAUAAUAUUAAAAUAAAAGAAAAUUACACAUCAAUAAGUUAGGGUUGUUAAAUACAAUUUAAAUUCUUUAAAACCAUAUUAGGAUCUUCUCUUAUUCAUUUAAUAGUUCUAUUAAAAGAAACUGUUAUAAGAGGAGGGUUCAAACAUAUACCAAUCUCUAAAUAGUUAGCUGAAAAAUUCCAAUUAUUUAUUCUCAAAAUUAAGGAUUAACUAGAAAAAUGA